AUGCAGUCACCGAAAUACGAAUUAUUCAAUGAAUCCACCGCCAGACACGGAAUUUUAAUUAAAGGAUGGAAGAUUGCCACCACCAAAAUGUCAAUCUUCAAUUCACAAGAAAUUGAAAAGGUUCAAAAAGAAACAAAGGUUCCAUUGCCUGAAAUGUUUUUUGGAAAUAAUUCGUUGCAAAUAUCAAAUGAUGAUUACGGGCUCCUUUUCGAACUAUCCCCGAUUGAGGCAUUGAAGCUAGUGGAUACCACCAAGGAAGGUGGCGAGAAGGUCAAAGUUUCCUAUUCGGAAGAGUGGAGCCACAGGAGAGCCAAGAAUAAUGAGCAUAUCAAAGAUGUGGUUAAACCAUUUGACUGGACUUAUUCCACUUCAUAUUCUGGUACGCUCAAGAGUGCUUUAAAAGGACAGAAAUUUGAAAUUACGACGGAACGCAUUAACAUAGAGAAGCUCAAAAUACCUGAACCAAUAUUAUUUUAUGAUGAAAUAAUACUUUUUGAAGAUGAAUUGGCUGAUAAUGGGACCGCUUUGCUUAAUGCUAAAGUGAGGGUAAUGUCAUCAGGUUUUUUUAUUCUACAAAGAUUCUUCCUGAGAGUUGAUGAUGUACUGUUCAGGACGAACGAAACAAGAAUUUACCAUGAAUUUGGUAGUGACUAUUGCUUAAGGGAAUAUUCAUCGCGAGAAGAACAUUAUCACAAGAUCAGAUCGCAAAUACCAAAAUAUAAAGGUGAUGAUAUAUCACAGUUGACUGAUCCUGAUUGGGUAUCAUCCAUGUUGCAAAAAUCGGAGAAAGAAUUGACAUUGGAAAAAUUAAAAUUGAAUGUCGGGUGA